AGCGCUGGGCGCUCGUGGCGGGUCCUCCUCCUCCGUCCUCGGCCUUCUUGUCUCUACUGCUCAUCGCUGCUCGCCGCCCGCAUCCCCAGUCGCGCCGCUUGGAGGAGGAGGAAACGCCGCUGCCAGCAGGUUCCCCGCCGCAGUCGCCCACCGUGCCUCGGAGCCUCUCUUCUCGCUGCUGCUCGCACCUCUGCGCGUCAAGAUGGGGCUGCUGGACUCAGAGCCCGGCAGCGUCCUGAACGCGAUGUCCACAGCAUUCAACGACACCGUGGAGUUCUAUCGCUGGACCUGGUCCAUCGCAGAUAAACGAGUAGAAGACUGGCCGCUGAUGCAGUCUCCAUGGCCAACGAUAAGCAUAAGCACAUUCUAUCUCCUGUUCGUGUGGCUGGGUCCAAAGUGGAUGAGAGACCGAGAGCCGUUCCAGAUGCGCUCAGUGCUCAUAGUCUAUAAUUUUGGCAUGGUUUUGCUUAACCUUUUCAUCUUCAGAGAGCUAUUCAUGGGAUCAUACAAUGCAGGAUACAGCUAUAUUUGCCAGUCAGUGGAUUAUUCCAAUAACGUUAAUGAAGUCAGGAUAGCUGCUGCCCUGUGGUGGUACUUUGUAUCGAAAGGCGUGGAGUAUUUGGACACAGUGUUUUUUAUCCUGAGGAAGAAAAACAACCAGGUGUCUUUCCUCCACGUGUACCAUCACUGCACCAUGUUCACACUGUGGUGGAUUGGAAUCAAGUGGGUGGCUGGAGGCCAAGCGUUUUUCCGGGCCCAGAUGAAUUCUUUCAUCCAUGUGAUCAUGUACUUCCUACUACGGGCUGACUGAUUUGGCCCCUGGAUCCAGAAAUAUCUCUGUGGAGAGCGGUACCUGACCAUGUUGCAGCUGGUUCAGUUCCAUGUGACCAUCGGGCACACAGCACUGUCUCUCUACACCGACUGCCCCUUCCCCAAGUGGAUGCACUGGGCUCUGAUCGCCUACGCCAUCAGCUUCAUCUUUCUCUUCCUCAACUUCUACACUCGGACAUACAAUGAGCCCAAGCAGUCAAAAACCGGAAAGACCGCCAUGAAUGGUAUCUCAUCGAACGGUGUGAACAAGUCAGAGAAGCAGCUAGUAUUAGAAAACGGGAAACCCCAGAAAAAUGGGAAGCCAAAAGGAGAGUAAAUUGAAAUGGGCCUUAACCGAUAGACAGUGAGGAAACUCCUGUGUCAUUUAAAAGUUCAGGGGCAACAGAAGCAGAGGGUCUGGGGUGGAGAGAAAGGCAGACAGGGUCUAUGCCCUUCAGACUAAGUAAACCUUUCAUUAUAUGGCACCCAGAUGUUUUAUUUAUGAAGUUUUUAUUUUAAACAUUUUUUUUAUUAGCCUUCAUGUUGUCCAGACCAAAGCAAUCCCAAUGUGACCUUGGAGCCUCUCCUCCUGUUCACAUCCACCUGUGCAAUGGGUGGAAAUCUCACCUAUCUCUCAUUUAUUCUUUCCUCAGUCUGAAUUUUAGAUGAUCACAGAAACACAGUUUUAUGAAAAAAAUUUUUUUUCUAAAUCACUGGUUUCCUACUGGUUACAAAUCAUUUUUUUGUUUUGUUUUGUUUUGUUUUGUUUUUUGUUCAGAGACAGAACAAGAAAAUACAUUUGAAUUUAGAUCUAUUUACCGACCCUUGUGGUCAGACCUCUCCACCUCUAGUCAGAAUAUUCCCUUUUGGCUGUAAUUAAAUUUGAAAGCUCUGGGAAAUCUCUGUAGAAUCUUAGAGGCUUGAUGAUGUUGAUGUUGAUGUUGAUGAUGGUGGUGAUGAUGUUGAUGAUGGUGUUGGUGAAGAUAAGAAAGAAUAACAGUAAAAUCCUGUCUUGUGACCCAAAGGCCACCAUGACUUACGGCACAAAUCACUGUGGGAAACAAUAUAUCUCUCUAUUUUUUUUUUUUUUUUUUUUUUUUUUUUUUUAAUGAGGAAGGUAACCUUUGAAUACUCCUAUUCUUAGCAGAACUGUAUUAUGAGAAUUAAGAUUAUUGUAUGAUUGAAACAUGAAAGGACUCAUGUCUGUGUUCGUAACAUCUAAGGUAGUCACAUAUACAUGCACUUAGAACUCUAAGGGUAGGUUGACUUUUUUUUUUAUCAGGGCUUUCCUUGUUUUGAUUUGUGGCUGUUGCUGAAUUUUUCAUAUGUGGACAUACACCUACCUCUUCUGUUGGAAAGAACAUUUAAAAAGGAAAUAAAUUUACC